ACUGUUAUUAAUUUUUGGGCGCAGGAAAAACUGCUUAGCGUUAGCAUCAGGAAAGGGCGAAAAAAAGCGUGUGAGAAACAAAAAGAAAAGAAGUAGAGAAGCAGAAACUCCAAAUCCGACAUGUUCUAAAGUCUUCUCUGCUUAUAUGCAACGGGCACAGCUUUAGUAGCCACUGCGCAACACAACCGCAUCCUGAAAACGAUUUUCACAACGCCGAUCGACCCGUCACAAAUCGGAUCCAAACGAAGAUGAAUAUUUUCAGGUUAGCUGGGGACAUGACCCAUUUGGCCAGCGUCCUCGUUCUCCUCCUCAAGAUCCACACCAUCAAAUCUUGCGCCGGUGUCUCAUUGAAGACUCAAGAACUAUACUCAAUUGUUUUUGCUUCUCGCUACUUAGAUAUCUUCACUUCUUAUAUCUCUCUCUAUAAUACCAUUAUGAAGUUGAUAUUCUUGGGAAGCUCAUUUUGUAUUGUGUGGUACAUGAGAUACCAUAAAGUUGUUCGUAGAUCAUAUGACAAAGAUCAGGAUACCUUUCGGCAUUAUUUUCUCAUAUUGCCCUGCUUACUAUUGGCCCUACUUAUCAAUGAAAAAUUCACAUUUAGGGAGGUGAUGUGGACAUUUUCCCUGUAUUUGGAAGCUGUUGCUAUACUUCCUCAACUAGUACUUUUACAGAGAACUAGAAAUAUUGACAAUUUGACUGGACAAUAUGUCUUUCUUCUUGGUGCAUACAGAGCACUAUACAUUCUCAACUGGAUCUAUCGCUACUUUACUGAGCCCCACUUUGUCCACUGGAUAACAUGGAUUUCUGGUCUUGUUCAAACACUGCUCUAUGCCGAUUUCUUUUAUUACUAUUUCCAAAGCUGGAAGAACAACCAAAAGCUUCAUUUGCCAGCAUGAGCGUAUUCUUCUCAGUUAUUAAAAAACAGAUUCUAUAUGGACAGUUAACCGUGAGCAGAGAGGAUCCACAAAUUUGUCUGGACACAGUGGUUUCUGAUUUACCAUCCCUAUUUGUUCGUUAUUGCCACCUCAAAUAUUUCUGUACUAAUUACUAGGAAGAUUAUAAACAAAAUGCAUCAAAUUGUUUACAACUGUAAUCUUGCAAUUUUAACUUUAAAAAGUAUUGAGAUCCAGAUUGUGAC